AUGUCUUUUGCCUUGUCGUCCAAGAGCGAGCACUCAGACGAAGAUCAUGAUCAGCCCCCAGCCAGAAACACACCAGACCCAAAUCACCGCCGCACAAACGACGCUUCUGAAGAAUCACAUGCAGGACCUAUCAGGAGAGUUCGGGGAUCUGACACAACUGCAGUGAAUCCUGGCCGUUCUGGAAGGACUCCAAGUACAGUUCCAACGCAGACGACGAGGGCGAACACUGCGCGUGGUGAGCUCAGUCGACCAGGUCUGUUACCUCCAGUUCCAGGACUCGCACAAUCCCCGGCCAUAGCAAACCCGUCACCUCGGUCGAACCCAACAAACCGCAUUUUGGAAGGCUGGCCCCACCCUGUUGCAGCCAUGAAUCACCAGGACGAACCUGUAGACGACGAGUUUGUUGACCGCAUUGAGGGCAUCUUCCAGCUGCAAGGUGCAUAUGCAGAACUUGCUGAGCAGCUGGCAUAUGUGCCCGCGCCUCGCCAAUAUGUAGUGAGUAUCUACAGCAUGCUGGCUUUCCGACAAGCAAUUGAACGGCUUAGCGGGGAGCUCCUCACUAUUCAUCGACCCCUCCCAACCGAGACAGCCACACCCGCCGCGAGGGGCUUUCACUAUGUAUCGGUCUUCAGUGACUUUGUCAAGAGGACAGCUCGCAACAUACUGAUGAGUAGAAGCUGUGCGGUAUACGGAUCCGACCAGCCCCGCAAUUCUCCUCGCCGUUCAAAGAGCUUGUUGACCUUGGUUCUAGAGGCGAUUAAUAAUCAGAACACUCAGUUUAAACGUGAUUACCUGCCGCGAGGUUACAUAGAUGGUGAGCUUGCGGCCUUGGGUAGUGUAGACACUUUUGUACGUGACAAGCUUCGUAACAGUCGGGGAAAAAUGAGGGACCUACUAUUGACCAACAUCCAUGCGGGAGCUGGCAGGGAAAUACUGCAUCCAGUUCCCACAAUCAGUGCUUUACUGGUUCAGGCGAGUUUCACACCACCCAUUGCUGGAGCAGCUGAGCUGCCAGAGCCGCAGGGGAACCAAUCUUUGUUGAAAGCACGACUUGCCUACCUGCGGAUCCAGACAAUCAUACAGUUUGCAGGCCGGGGAGGCGGGGAUGUUGGUCGGCAAUGGAAGAAUAUUGAUGAACAUCUGUGUGAAUUAUCGCUCAAGCGCCGUCCAUACCGCUCGGCUUUUUACCAGCUGGUCCUGGCCUAUGAUCAUGCCACUUUCGGGCAUGACUUGUGGACUGAGAUGGACUCGGCAAGCAUUGCUUUGCCAACCGAGGAGGAGAUUCUAGCUCGCAUGGAAGCCAACGAAUCGACCGCCGAACCGGCUUUGCCAGAUGACGCAGCUGAUUUUUGA